GUGAACGUUGGAGAGCAAUGGCGGCGUGCCGGGGGUCUUCGUCGAAGUGGUUUUUCACCCGGGAGCAGCUCGAAACCACGCCGUCCCGCCGAUGUGGAGUAGAACCAGAUCGGGAGCUCUCCUACAGACAGCAAGCGGCGAAUCUGAUCCAAGAUAUGGGCCAGAGACUCAAUGUCUCUCAAUUAACAAUAAAUACAGCCAUUGUUUACAUGCAUAGAUUUUAUAUGCACCAUUCCUUCACCAAAUUCCAUAGAAAUAUAAUAUCUCCAACCACCUUAUUCUUGGCUGCAAAAGUGGAAGAGCAACCUCGGAAACUCGAACAUGUGAUCAAAGUUGCACAUGCUUGCCUAAAUCCCCAAGAACCACCUCUAGACACAAAAAGUAAUGCAUACCUCCAGCAAGCUCAAGAGCUGGUGAUACUUGAAUCCAUAGUGCUGCAGACCCUGGGCUUUGAAAUUACUAUUGAUCACCCACACACUGAUGUGGUGAAAUGUUCCCAGCUAGUGCGAGCAAGCAAGGAUCUGGCACAGACUUCCUAUUUCAUGGCUACCAACAGUCUACACCUCACUACCUUCUGCCUCCAGUACAAGCCCACGGUGAUCGCCUGUGUGUGCAUCCACCUGGCAUGUAAGUGGUCCAACUGGGAGAUCCCGGUUUCCACUGAUGGGAAACACUGGUGGGAGUACGUGGACAGCUCUGUCACUCUCGAGCUGCUUGAUGAGUUGACCCAUGAGUUUCUGCAGAUUCUGGAGAAGACGCCCAGCCGGUUAAAGAGGAUACGCAACUGGAGGGCGACACAAGCUGCCAAAAAGCCCAAGACUGAGAGCACCCAGUUGAUGGAUAACUCCUUUCCUGGGCCGUCCAUGCUCCAAGACCAAGGUGAUGCGUCGCUUGCUGGAGUCUCCUCCAACCCAAGCUUUUCCAAAGCAGGCAACACCUUCACCAUGUCCAUGCCUGGCCAGUCUGGAGGUGCACCCCUGACUCUGGACACCAUGGCUGGUACAUACAAUCCUGCUAGCCACAGUGAGUGGCCCCAGGGCAAACAGAACCAAGCAGGGUACCCUUCCACCUGUUUAAAACAGGAACCCCUCAACAUCCCUCUCCAAGAGCAGGCACUGUCCUUGCAGACCUCCACGUCCUCUUUGCUUCAGCAUCCACCGAUAUACAGGACAGAGAAAACAAUAGACUUCAACCCUGUCAAACAGGAACAAAAAGGAGCUGGUGGGGGUGGAGUGGGCAAGCAUCAGCCACCACCUCAGCCUGCAUACCCUCCACCAGCUCAGCCUCCUCCACCACCACAACCUUCUCCAGCUCAGAAGCUGUCUCUGGACAAAUACAGAGAGAAACAUGCUGCAGAGCUGGCUGUCUCUGGACAGAAACGCCGGCAGGAGCAGCAUGGAGGUGUAAUGGAUUGCGAAAUGUCGUCUUCCUCCUCUUCUACCUAUGCACCAUCAUCUAUGAGCCAAGUAGACCAUAGAAAACAUUCACAGCCCCACCAAACGUCCCAUGGUGGAGGUGGUGGCCCCACCGCCUCCCCAAUGAAAAUUAAAGUCCCUUCCUCCUCAACUUCAGGGCAAGACAGACGUCAUCACAGUGACAAACGGGACAAAAGCUCGCUGAAACUCCGCCUGGCUGUUCCUGUGUCUGGCGGCAGCUCCCAGCUGGAUAAAAGUGGGCAACCCAGCAAAGACGAGCUUAAGAUGAAGAUAAAAGUUUCAUCAUCAGAGUGCCACAGCUCAUCAGAUGAAGGCAUGGCGACCACCAACAACAAGAGUAAACAUUCCAGCCCGAUGGUGAACAAAGAGAAACAUCGUGGAGCGGAGCACAACCUCCAUCGCCAUCACAAGCACAGUCACGCUCACACACACAGCGGCAAUGGGCGAGGAGGUCCCGAGGGCCCAGGUGGUGGGGGAGGCCUGCUACGGGGUCCCCCGGGGCUGGUCAGCAUGGAAGGGAUGACGCUUGCUCCUCCCGGAUCCACCUCUUUCUCUUCAUCCACAUCACGCAAGAGGGCGUACCCAGAGGUCAGCCACAACCACCACCCUCCUUCCUCAUCCUCCACUUCUUGCUCCAAAGUGAGCAAAAUCUCCAAGGGUGGCACUGGUGCUGCAGGUGGGCUGCGGACCUCUCAGCAGUACCCUCCUAGUGAAUCGCCACAUGAAGUGGGAGAGCAGAGACACUGAGUCCACCACUCUGCAGCUAUGGCCACCACAUGGAAAUGGCAUCAAACAACCCACAGUUGAGACUUUGAAGACUAUGCUCACCUCCUUGUCAAGUGCCCUAGAAAAAUAACUCUUUAUGUGAUGAUAAACCCUUUACUGAAAGGCAGAAAAAAUUAUCUCCAAAAACAUGAAAAGUAUUGUUGGACUUCUCAGUUUCUGAGAGACUAGACAGAUGAAAAAUUAUGCUUCCUGACUGUCACAUCUCUGGGCUGUGAUGCUCGGUCCUGUUUUUCUGUUAGUGUUGAAUUGCUGCUUGGUUCUCCUUCCUCCUCAAAUGGGUCUGGGAAUGUGCAAAGGUUGGGCGGGUGUGAUUGUGGUGGGGAGGGUUUGAGUGUGUUUCCAUCGGGAGGGAAGUCCUUCCCUACAUCUAAGAUCCCCAUAUGGAGAAACAAAAGUAUUACAAGUACUAUAAAUUAAUUGAAUCACAUUUCUGCAGUUGUAUGGAGGAAGCCAGUGGCCAGCUGGAGAUGAGUUCAAGUUAUGUUUGCUGGCAUUCCAUUUAGUACUGUUGAUGGAUGCAAUUUUUUUUAGGUGUAAAGUUUCAUCUCCUCAAUUACUUUUCUUGUCUUGAUUUCUUUUUAUACUUAAGUACUGUGCGUAUGAUUUGCAUGUUUCAAUCAUCAAAGGGAUUUAAAAGGAGAGCACUUACUUACUGUUUACAGGAAGUGGAGAUAAAUGUACAUACGUUUUUGUAUGUUUAAAGAAAAAAAAAGCUAUACCAUGACUACUCAGGUUUGGAGCUGCUUGUAAGUAUAACAAGAUAACUAUAAUACCUAUAAAAGACUUUUAUUUUGUGGAUCUACCGUUUGGGCAUCAUCGGGUGAAUGACUGCAGCAUUCCAGUGGUGUGUGCUUCUUACAGCCUUCCUACAGAGGGUGCUGUACUGUGCUUUUCCAUCACAGGAAAUGUCAGUUGAUGCCCUCAACACAGGCACAUUCAACACCUACUAAUCACAUCAGAGCGAUGCAAUUUGUACCAAAAAUUAUUUUUUGGACCUCUAAGUAGACCUUAAGCUGGAUGCCAAAGGUUUUGCCUCAACAAGAAAAAAAAUGACAAGGACAGUAAUAGUUUGCUAUUAAAGUUUACAUAACCCUUUUUAUUUUGAAGUGCGUCAGGCAUAAUUUCAUGACAUGAAGCUGUAGCCCUUUUAGAUGUCAGCCCAUGAAAGGGAUACAAAUAUUAUUCAAUCAAUCAUUAACAGGGUACUAUUCAGGAGACAAAAAAAAACAAACACUUGUUGGCUCUUUCCAUUCCAGCAACAGUUG